AUGAAGGAGUACGCGUUGCGCUGGUUUGUUCUUUACUUAUGUUUUUCUACGACGACAGCUCGUCUCUGGGGUGUAGUCGAGGAAUCCGACGAGGGGGACGAGGGCGAUGACGACGACUACGUCGAGGCGGGACCAGAAACAAACGAGGUGAUCGACCCUGACAUCGGAACCGGCGAUCCGACAGACCUUAACGACGACGACGACGACGAAGAAGAAGACGCACCGGAUCCCAACUGGGAUACGAACAGAGCCAUAAGAGACGUGGCCUAUUUCCUGAGAUCGCACAAGUUCAAUGAUUUCGAUCGCAGGUAUUACCUCAACAUCUCGGAGUCGCCUAGGAGAUUGUACCAAGAAUUUCCGAAACCACCUUUGCGGUCGCUACACUGGGAAGUUCACAAACAGUGCGAAGUCAGCUUCAGGUCUUGUCUCAAAUUUCUCGAGGGGAUCGCAAACUCCGCUUCACUGAAACGUGCGGAUGACACCGUUACCGUCAUGAGGGAACAGGGUUGGGACUACGUCAAAGAUAAGGAAAAAUUAGUUGCCGUACAAAUGGAUUGUGAACGAUCGAAACGGAAGGACAAUUUCACCGCCGUACCCUUUCAAGGACCCAUCGAACGUUUUCAAUGGCGAACAACCGCCAGCUACUACAUGUGCUGGUACACAAUGUUGGGCGUUCCGGAGUUGGCGUUGUUUGGCGAACCUUGCGACAACAUGGCGUAUUGCCUCGAUCACUACGGGAUGGACAACAACGACCCAAGGGCCGACGACACUCAACCUUUCGCUUGUGCUUUGUACAGUUUCUGUCCGGACCCAUGCUGCUCUUCGGACCACAUCUGGUAUAUGAACGACUGUUACCAGUCACCGGAAAAUCCUUGCUACGCUGGGAACGGUCCAGAUGAUCGAACCUGCACAUUGAAUCGCGAUGAAAACAGGGAUUUCAAUUCGUUGAUAAAAAAUCAAUUGAACGUGACCUGCCAGUGUCAAAAUUCGGGAUACGAAUGGUCGUCGCGUUUCGGCAUCUGCGUUGACGUGGACGAGUGCGCGACGGGAGCCAACGAUUGUCACAAAGAGAAUAAAACCAGCUGCGUAAACCUACCCGGCUAUUACGACUGCAUAUGCAAUCUUGGAUACGUUUACAACGCGGAACAAAAAUUAUGCGACUACGACAAAACCAUAAACGAAGCUCUUUACGGAGUCGAUGAGAAAACGAAUAACAACGAGACCGAAUCGAGGAGUAUGCUGUCGAUGAUCAUAAAAAUUAUUACCAGAUCCAACGCACCCUAUUUCAAUCGUCGUCCAGACCUUGUCUUGAUAUUCAAGCAACGAUUUCACCUCGCCCAAAGGGAUUUCAACGAAAUCACCAAACUUCAAGUCAGUACAGCCCGUGAACAGCAACUUCGGCAAGAAAAGAAGAAAAAAAUAAAUGUACGAAGGCUCACGAUUUCAGAAAAUGCGCACGAACGCCUAUUCCUAGACGGCUUUACAGUUAAACUAAAACCAUCUCGAUGGAAAGUUAGGCUCGCUAAAAUGCGAUGGGAAUUUUAG